AUGUGUCCUAACUAUUACUAUUAUCUUGAAACAGGUCCAUCAGAUAGAUAUGCUGCCGUUUUAAAGUCACACGUUCGCCGUGAUUUAAACGAAGGACACGAUGUUUCAACAGCUGCUCAAUUUGUAGCCGCAUGUGCUUCGCAUGGUGGUGUGAAAAAUGUUCAUGCAUUUGAAUGUCAACUGACUCCUACUCGUUCGAAAACUAAAGUUAAAAUUAACGAUAUCACUAAACUACAUAAUUUUAUCUAUGAAUCAACUGCUAUUCGUUCGUAUCGCGCAUGGAAUAUAGGCAUUGGUAACAUGAUUAUGCUUGAUGGAAAUUCAGGCGUUUCGCCGAAUAUUAAUUCUCUCGUUUGCGUUAAUCCUUCUCUGGAAGCAAAUCGGCUCGUAAAUUCUUCUGUAGGUGAUCGGCUGAAUGAUACCGUAUCAUCAGUACUCAAAGAUGCUGAUGUUAACGAUCAAGAAAAAUCGAAACCAAAAUUAUUCUUUUGUGAUUACGAAGGAUGUAUUUGUCGCUUCUUAAACUAUGGUAAUCUUCUUCAUCAUAUAGCUAAUGGUAAUCAUAUUGAACGAGUCGAAAAAUUAUCAAUAAAAGAUCUCGCAAUGGUUACUUAUAAAUCCAAGCUAGAUGCUGCUGAGAACCAACAGCUUUUAUUUCUUGAAUUACAGAGAAUUAAUUUCAAUCGGGAUGAUUACAAUCAUAUACCAACAUUAAACCAAGGAUGGGCUCUCCCAUUAAAUCGAAAAGUGCAGACACUAUCUCCGAAAGUAAAGCAAUUUCUAAAGAAAAAAUUUGAUGAUGGUCAACUACAUGGAAUACGAUGGCAGCCUCAGGCAGUGGUCGAUGAAAUGAAGUACAGUAAAGAUCCAGAGACAGGACUUUAUCUUUUUGAUCUAUCGGAGCUUGUUAAAGUGAGCACAGUUCGAUCAUACUUCUCGCGACAAAAAGCAAGCAACAACAAAGUAAAUAAUCCAAAACAAUCUACCUUGGAAGAUAAUAGUCUUAUAACUGGUGAACAAUAUGAUAUUGAAGAGGAUAUUGAAGACGAAGCAUUUCAAGAGCAGCUGGCCAUCGAUUUAGAGCUUCAGCUUGGUGAUAUUCGAUCAAUCGCCAAUAAAGACAAUAUGGCCGAAAUUAACUUGGCUACGGCUACGUCAAAACGAGCAUUAUCGUCAUUUGAAAACGAAAAUUUAUCACACACGAGAAAAUCAUCUAGGUUUCCGCGAAAAAAGGGACAAUAA